AUGGCUUCAGUCCCACCCCUUCGUCCGCGCGACUUUCCUACCUCGGGGUUCGUGAAAUUGGACCCAAGUGAGAAGAUAGAGGAAGAGCAACUCCCUUUCUAUGUUGCUGAACGAUACUAUCCCGUUGAUAUUGGUGAGGUGUUUGCCGGCAAGUAUCAAGUAGUCUCCAAGCUCGGGUUUGGUACUUCUUCCACAGCCUGGUUAUGCCGGAACCUUGAAGACCACGGCUACUACACCCUCAAAGUCUGUGUACGGGAUCAACGGCCGAGCAAUGAGAUCAUGAUCUCAGAGCACCUGAAGGACUGCCCCGAUCAUACGGGGAAAAGGCUUGUUCGCCUAGUCCUUGACUCGUUCGAGGUCGCCGGCCCGCACGGGAAGCACACAUGCCUGGUCUACCAGCCCCUGGGCAUGAGUUUUACGGAGUUUCGCGACCUCCGACCGGACGGUCUGCUCCCGAAGGAUCUUGUUCAGAGGGGCACCCAGCUUAUUCUGAUCGGGCUGGCUUUUUUGCAUGAUAACAACGUCAUUCACACCGACAUCUCGUCUAACAACGUGCUCUUCGGGAUCGAGGAUCCUUCGAUCCUGCCGCAGAUAGAAGAAGAUGAGAUAGCGAGGCCUAUCGCUCGGAAAGUGUUGGCUGAUCGCAACAUUUACUACUCCCGACCAAUGCCGGUCAGUACCGGUAUGCCUGUUCUCACUGACUUUGGGGAGGCGCGUGUGGGGGGUGGGAGGCUUAAAGGGGAUAUCAUGCCGGGUAUCUAUCGGGCUCCGGAAGUGAUUUUGGACAUGGAAUGGGACUCGAAAGUAGAUGUCUGGUCGAUCGGUGCUAUGGUUUGGGAUCUCGUGGAGGGGGGCCACCUGUUUUUCGCAAAAAAGGAUAGGGUUCUCAAUGAUGAUCAGCAUCUUGCGGAGAUGGUGUCGUUGAUGGGUCCUCCUUCUCCAGAGUUUCUGACGCGCAGUGAAAAGUGUCGUCGAUUUUGGGAUCAGGAUGGUACUUGGAAGGGGACUGUGCCCAUUCCGGAGCAGACGCUGGCUAUACGAGAGCGGCAGUUUUCUGGAGACGAUCAUGUUCUCUUUUUGCAUUUCUUGCAAAGGAUAUUCCGCUGGAAGCCGGAGGAGCGGCCGACUGCCGAGGAAUUGGCGUUCGAUGACUUUCUGAUGCAGCCCGUGCUGGAGGAUAGAGCCAGGUCGUGA